AUAACCGUUUAUGGACUUCCGUUGUCGUAACUCUUCUAUCUAGCGGCCAGCAAACAGCAGCUACUUCCAACUCACCACGCCAGAGCUGAGGCACGGGAUCCAACGCUGAGCUGAAACUCUCAUCUAUGUUUACAAGAAGACAUGGCAACACCUGAUCGUUCUCCACACAGCCCUCAGUUCAUCAGGUUUCACCGCUGAGGGUUUUUCUAAAGCAAGCUUCCUGUUGGGACGACGCAAAUGUUGACCUGAACCUCUUAUUUUCAUUUGUGUGCUUCCAGCCGCAUAUUACAUCAAUGCCUCGAUGGAAAACGCUGUUCAGUCAACACUUGCGAUGGUCCAACACCGUCACUCAAGCCCUGGUCCUGUCCGUCAUCACGUUUUGCGUCAUCCUCCCUUUGUGCUGCCAUCGCCUGCUUUACUCUUACUACUUCAUCAAGACUAUGUACCUGGACUCCAUGAGUGAGGAGGUCCUGCACGAAGGCCUUGUCCGAGGCCAGGACGCGCUUCAGUUCUGGCAGAGCACUUCCGCCACAGCAUCGUCCAGGUUCAACGACAUCGCCCAGAACCCCGAGCUGCUGGUUAUCGUGGUUUCAGUGCAACGAAAUGAGGGGCGGGACUUCCACUACCUGCUGCAGGUGAUGCGACAGAUGAGCGGCCUUCUGGAAAGCUGUGGAUCGCAGCGGUGUGCAGAGGUGUUGGUCUGCGAUGUGGAAAGCGGUCCACAGGAAAACCAAGAUGCCAAGAUUCUCGAGGACUACUUCAAGGUGAUCCGGCGUUCCCCUCUGGAGAAGCGGAGGAACAGGGAUUCAGUCAACACCUUCGAGAGGGAGAAGAGAGACUACGUGUUUUGUCUCCGCAAGGGAUGGGAGCUGGUGCAGCCCAAGAACAUCGUGGUCCUGGAGGACGACGCUUUGCCCAAACAGGACUUCUUCACCGUCGUAAAGCACCUGCUGUCCCGUACGUUUGCCUUCCAGACUCUCUACGUGAAGCUGUAUCACCCGGAGAGGCUGCAGCGAUACUGGAACCCCGAGCCUUACCGUAUCCUGGAGUGGGUCGGACUCGGACUUGUUGGAGCGACGGCUCUUCUCCUCAGCUUUUCUUACUGGAACCCCUGCUCCUUCUCCUUCACGCUGUCGGUCACCCAUCUCCUCUUCUUCACCCUCUACUUCAUGGCUGCCAUCGAGCUUCUGGGGCGGCACUACUUGCUGGAGGUUCGGAGGUUUUCCCCACAGCUCUACGCCGUCUCCCCGGCAACAGAGUGCUGCACGCCGGCCAUGCUCUUCCCCGGGAACUCCUCGCUCAGGGCGGCGGAGUAUCUGGACGGCUCGUUCUGCGCCAAGGGGAACGCCAAAGACAUUGUUCUGUAUCAGAUGGCGAGGACGAUCCCCGGGGAAAGGGCUCACAGCGUGGAGCCCAACCUCAUCAACCACAUCGGGGCCUUUUCCUCGGUCAGGGGCAACCCAUUAAAGCCCAGACUGCUGUGAGAAUGGAGGCUGGAUUUCAGCAGGUUUCUCCUAACUUGGUUCUACUUUUCCUUUCUGCUGUGUCUCCUGCCAGACUCUUCAUACAUUCGAAGACAACGCUCAGAGAAUAUUGGUUUUGUGAUUUGCAGGAGGGAAGUCAACAAGGCUCCAGGAGGAGAUAUGUUUGAUUUGGUUGGUAUGUUUUCUAUUUUUAGAUGUGAAGGUUGCAAUUUACGGCUUGUGAAGUUAACACACGUAUAAAUGUGUUCACCAGCAAAUCACAUGAACCACUUUAACUGAGCUUUGUUUACAAGUAGAGACCAAUCGUCAUAUCAUCAGUGUUGGAAAUAUUCUUUAAUCACUUUUCUGUCCUUCAGGUUUCGUGUUCAGGUGAGGGUCUAAAUAUUUAUCUACUGCCUGGGGUCAUGAACUAUUUAAAAAAAGCAAAAAAUAAUUAUCAGAUGCUGUCAAUUUCUGUCAAAGAGCAUAAAGAUGGAUUUGCUUACCAGGUUUCAUGGAUAUGAUGGAAAUGGUGUGAUUAUUAAAGGAUUCAUGCACUGUUUGUACACCCAAACCUUUUUAAAACUAGGGUUGGUGGACAAUAGCAUUUCAUAACUUAUAGAAUUGCUGUACAUCAAUCAACAUGCUUUAUUAAUCCCACGGGGAAAUUUCGUUUUUUUGACAUUUGCACUUCCAUUGAACAAAAAAAAAACAUAUUUAUAUAGACAUAAAUUAAAAAUAUGCAAUAACUCCUUUGGUGCAAUUUUGACACGCAAUUAAUAGUUUAACUUCGUAUGGCUUUUCAGAUUGAGUCGACCAUAUGAUAUCGUGUGCAGACCGCGGCUCAUUUACUACUGUUUUGACUAACACUUGUGUUGCUGGUUGCUGGAUAUACUAACGAUAUGGAUGCUGCUGGGUAGGCUAAAGUUGCAUAAACGCUGGAUAUACGAAUGUUAAAUGUUUGCUGGAUCUACUAACUGUGUUCACACCAAACAAGAAGCCACAUUUUUGCUCGCGAUUACACACAAAGUCAAUGCAAUAGACACGUUGGACGAGGUGAAUGGCGCGGUUCGCUCAGGACACGAGGAAGUGCAAUGUGGAGUGUGAAUUUUAUAUGAGUGGUUCUCAAGAAAACUACGAGUACCACAGGCCAGCAUUUAACGGUUUUAGAAUACGCUUUUUAGUUAAAAGGUAUGUAGUUUUGGAUGUUAGCAUCUGAGCUUCACAGGUCAUAACCAUAUCAGAAGUUCAUUGUGAGUUUUAUUUUGUAAAACUAACUUUUCUCACUGGUUUUAAACAUCCCUGAUACCAAUCAAACAUUCAAACACCACAUCAGCCUACUUUCAGAAAUCUGGAAAUCUUUAUCUUUCUUAGAACAGGUUAAGUUGACUUUUCAGUCAGCUGCGUCAUGUUUGGAAUCAGGAAGUUGUAUUUCAAAAACAAAACAAUGAAUAAAUCCUUUAGGAGAUAAAUGUAAGGAAGAAAGGUUGCAUGCCUUAGCAGUCUUUCUAAUCCAGGAUUCACUGAUAGAAUCUUAAUAAUGUUUGAGGACAAGAUGAUAUCUUAAUUUUCUGAUUAUGACCCUUUACCUUCAACAUUGUUUUUGUGCUUUCAUUAUAUGAAAAAUUGUGAACUUACACACAUCUUUACUUGAUUUAAGGAUGAAAAGAGAUAACAUUUCUCACUGGGUUUAAAAAAACAUCCCUGAGUGAUUACCAAUGAGACUUUUAAACACCACAUCAGCCUAUUUUCCGAAAUGUGGAAACCUUCAGUUCGUCUUUAUCUGUCUGUGUUAGUAAGCACGGCUUCUGUCUAGUUGUAGGUAGUGUCGGUCUUGGUUAUGUCGGGUUUGGGAUCAGGAAAUUGUAAUAUUGGUGUGGAAGAAGGACAGUUAACGAAUGUUUUAGGAAAUACAUUUAAGGGAGAAUGGCUGCAUGCCUUAGCAGUCACUGAUACAACCUCAAUCAUGUUUGAGGACAAGAUGAGAUCUUGAUUUUCUAAUUAUGGUCUUUUACCUUCAACAUUGUUUUUUGUACUUUCAUUAUAUGAACAGAGAUUUUAUAAAAAAAAUAUUGAGCAGUCAUAUGAUUACACACGUCUUUGUGGUUCAACAGAAUAUGGUAAAGCAAUAUUACAUUGUCACGGUAUUGCUGUUGGAGAUACAGUAAGUCUUCAAAAGCAGAACCACAUUGAUAGUACCUCAAAAUGUACGUUUAGUAGUGCAGCAGUGACACGAAGAAACCUUCAUACUGAAAAAAUGAAGCGCUUCAUAUCAACCUUUUACUUUACCUUGUCUGUCAAGCUUGAUGUUGUCAUACGCUGUUUGUUUACAACGAAAAAUGGGCCAGAUUUACCUUCAAAACCUAUUUCUUUUGUAAACAAUGGGUCUUUUGAGAGCAGACAAAAGCAGGAUCUCAUUAUCUGAUAUUAGAACUGCCACUGGCAGAUUUUACAGCAUUUUAUUGUAUUCCAGUUGAGAGAAUCUGGUAAUAAAAAGUCUGUAUUAUGCUUAUUAGAUUUACUGUAUGUAGGCUACUAUUGCUUGUAUUAUUACGUUAUCACUUUAAACCUUAAAAGAGAAUAAACUUUGAGUAACAGAACCGUUUGCAAUGGGCUUGGCUGGUUGCUGCAAAAUAAAUGCCCCAAAUAAAAAAAAUGAGCCGCUAAUGUUAGCUUAACGUUAGCUUAUUCUUAGCUUAAUCUUGGCCUAAUGUUAGCGUAACAUCAUCUUAUUCUUGGCUUAAUGUUAGCUUAUUCUCAGUUUAAUGUUAGCUUAACAUUAGCUAAAAGUUAGCUUAAUUUUUAGCUUAAUGUUAGCUUAACAUUAGCUUAAUGUUAGCUUAACAUUAGCCAAAAGUUAGCUUGAUGUUAGCUUAAUUUUUAGCUUAAUGUUAGUUUAUAGUUUGGAUUAACUUUGGUCUCAUGUUGGAUAUACUGUACCAUACAGACAUGAGAGUGGUAUCAAUCUGACUCUAUACGAGUAGUAUAUACAAGUAAAUAUAUGAUAUUCAGACAUUUAUCAUUUUACCACUCCACUGUGACAGACAGUAUGUUGGAGAUAAGCAAACAAAAAUAAUGUUUUUUAUAAAUGUGGAAAUUCAAAGAUAUGCUGGAGAAUCAAUUAAUUUGCCUCAAAGAGUUUCACAGAUUCAUUUUUUUCGGACCGAAUGUUCAACUCAUCCAGCAGUAUGUUUACAAAGAGAAUUAUUAAUAAUAAAAGUCAACCUAAUUUAUAUACUACCAAAUUAUAACUUGGGUCAACCCAUGACACUUUGAAUAUGUCUUGAUUGUACUAUUAACUAGAAUAUAUAAAAAGCAUUCAUACUAAAUAUUAUUGAUGAAAUCUCAACUGUAAACUAUAUAUAAUUCAGAUUUUAUUUUGGCACCUUAUAUUGAUCAUAAACAUUAUUUGUUACAGCUUGCCUUAUUUCUGACUGAUAACAUUUAAAUUGCACUUUAUUUAAAGAGUGACUAUAUAAGAGAAAUACACCGUUUUAAUUAUUUUAUAGAAUAAAUAAAUACAAAAUAGUUUGAUAUGAUUGUUAGAAUAAAAUAUAUUAGUUAAUUAUAAAUUAAAUAUCUCCUCGAACUUCAGUGUAUAUUUUACUUUUUGAUGGUUUAUUCAGAUACUUUAUCAGAUCAGCUGAAGCUCAAAUUAAAUCAUUUUAUAUAAAGUGUUAAGUUCCUACACGCUGUUUGCUGCUAAUGUAUCUGCAGAGGGGAUAUGCUUCAAUGCUUAUAUUUAAAUUUAAGGAUUAAAAAAAAAGGGUUUAGGGUUUAAUUUUGUGAUUUCUGCCUUUAUAUGUAUUAUUGUAUUGUGUGAAGUAAUCAUCCAAAUGUGUCCAUCCUCUUCACCUUAACAUUUAACAUGAAGUUUUAUUCAAGAUUUAAGAUUUUCAAUAUUUGUGUUCUGUGUGUUUGGUGUGUAUUUUCUGUCCCAUCACUUUGUUUCAUGUUAAUAACAUCUAAGGACAUUUAUACUUUAUGUAUAAUUUGAAUGUAAACAUCAAAUGAUCAUCCAUUAUUUCUGAAAGCUCCAAUGAACCAAAGAUGGAUUACAACUUCUCUAUAUAUAUAUAUAUUAUAUAUUGGUGAAAUCUGACAUUUUUUCUGGUGACUGAAGGGUGGUGCAAAUCACAUAUUGUUUUUGUGUUCAAUAUACCUUUUCAAGUUUUUCUGUUUAUACUGUUUUCUACAUUUAAACCACAAUAAAUCACAAUGUUUGAAAUGUC